AUGAGUUCACAUAGCCUGUCGGAAUGUGAGAAUGCUCUUGAAACGGACAGUCAACGUAUCACUGUGGCCACGCUCCUCGAUUACAGUAGUCUGUUGAUCUCAGGUACGACUGUCAAACCGGAAAUGGUCGCCGAAAUGAUGGCGAUGAGGAUUGAUUUCGUGGAGGUAGAUGACAUCCAAUCGGAAACUUUCAAAGUCUGUUUUCGAAGAGUAGAGAACCUAUUGAUCACCUCAAUCUGUCGCAUCUUUAUCACGUAUGAUAGACGUUCUACUCCGUGUACCAGGCAAGACGACGAAGCCGCGUUUGUUAGCCACAUCGAUGCGGCGGCAGGAGUUUUCGAAAAUAUUCCCCUUGACCUGAACGUUGAAGAACACAUCUGA